UUCCACACAGGGCCUGCAAUGCUACAUAACUACGUUGACAAAAAUAAGGUGAACCACCAUAAGCAAACAAAAGAGAAGACGAUUAAAACAGGUCUGCUCAGAACCGAUUGAGCUGAAGAAACCUUUUUUCUACAUAACAUAGCCAUUCCAGGUUGCUUGCCAAGGCACUAUGGCAGAAGAAGUGAAGCUUUUCAGGACAUGGUCCAGCGGAUAUGCUUUGAGGAUUGUCUGGGCACUGAAGCUUAAGGGGAUAGAGUAUGAGACCAUCUUUGAGGAUCUUACCAACAAGAGCCCUUCACUUCUCCAGUAUAAUCCUAUUCAUGGAAAGGUGCCCGUGCUCGUGCAUGAUGGUAAACCAGUCUGUGAAUCUCUUGUGAUUCUCGAGUACGUUGACGAGACAUGGAAGCAUAAUCCUCUCCUACCUCAAGAUCCUUGUGAGAAAUCCAUGGCACGAUUCUGGGCGAAUUUUGGAGAUGAUAAGCUCAUGAAAUCAAUAUCGCAACUUUUCAUUGCACGUGAGAAAGAUCAAGAUGUAGCAGCAGUAGAAGCACUGGAGAAUCUAAAACUUGUUGAAGAGCAACUAAAAGGAAAGAAAUUCUUUCACGGGGAGACUAUUGGAUACCUUGAUCUCGCAUUUGGUUGGUUCGCUGACUUCGUUAGCAUUCUAGAAGAAAUAAUGAGUCUAAAGUUGGUAGAUGGAGAGAGAUUCCCUCACUUGUCAUCCUGGAUCCAACAUUUCAUAGAUGCUCCUGUAAUUAGAGACUGCUGGCCACCUCGAGACAAAAUGAUCAUCAAGUUCCAAGUUAUGCGCGAGAAGUAUCUUGCAGCAGCAACACCCAAGUGAAGCCGAAUCUAGCAAGACUUCCCAUAAUAAACAGCAUCCAGCAUGGUGCCUUCAAUCUUGUCAAACAAAAAGGAUGUUACAUGACAUUAGAAGUGCAACUUAAUUGCUGAAGCAGCACACUUUCUUGCAUUGUAAGAUAUUUAUAGUCACUGGCUACCUUAAGAACAAGGAAUCCACAACACAAUUAGUACAUCUAUUUCAAGCAUAUGCAGUUUGUAACUUCUCCUUGGAACGUUUUAUCGCAUAAAAAAUGUUUCUGCAAUGUCACACAAGUGAAAGAAGAAAAGUUAUUUGAA